AUGGGUAAAGGAUGCACCACCUUUCUCGUCGUAGCGUUAUUGACCUUUAACGUGAUAUUCCUCCUGAUUGGUGCAGCAAUAUUAUGUUUCUCCAUAUAUUGUUAUGUGGAUUCGUUGAUCCAGAAUGCUGUAUCCCGUUCUGGACAUGCUGAUAAAAUGCAGAAUUUAUUAUACGCACUUAUCGGUCUUGGCUUGCUGACAAUUGUUGUUUCUAUUUUUGGAUGUUGUGGAGCUUAUCAUGAAUCACGUUGCCUACUUGGAACAUAUUCUAUUUGUUUAACUAUCAUGUUUGGCGUCGAGAUAGCAGUUGGAACAUUGUGUCUAGUGUUUAAAGUUGAAACUGAAAAAAGAAUCAUUCGAGCUUUAGAAAAUAUUAUAAUGCAGUUCAAGGAUGAACAAGCUGAUGGAAAUUUUGAUGAAAGUUAUUCAUAUCGUGAUUGGAUACAGAGAAGUCUUCAUUGCUGUGGAAUUAAUGGAGCUAAUGAUUACCCAGGACUAAGCAUCCCUUCGUCAUGUUGUAUUCCUCAACAUCCAAACUGUCCAGAUAAAUCAGCUUCCUAUACUAUAGGUUGUAAACAGGUAAUCAGUGAUUUGGUAAAAGAAAAAUUCCUUAUGGCGUUAACUCUUAUCAUGAGCGUUCCGAUAUCAAAGCUAUUCGCACUUUUUUUCGCCAUCUUUCUUUGUUGUGUAGUACAACAACGAAAUGUCGUACAGUAUACUGAAGUACAAGUGGAUGCAUGA